GUAGUAUAAUAAUUAAAGGAUCAAGUCGAGGGUUUGGGCCGGCAGUAAACAGUCACUGACAACACCGAGGAUGGCGCGGGGUACUAGUGCUGGGUUUGACCGUCAUAUUACUAUAUUCUCCCCUGAAGGAAGACUCUACCAAGUUGAGUAUGCUUUUAAGGCCAUCAAUCAAGGGGGUCUGACAUCAGUGUCGUGUAAAGGAGAAGACACAGCGGUGUGUGUCACUCAGAAGAAAGUCCCAGACAAGUUGCUGGACCCCAACACUGUGACACACAUGCACAAGCUUACCAAGAAUGUCGGUUGUGUGAUGACCGGCAUGCAGCCUGACAGCAGGUACCAAGUGAUGGUUGCACAGAGUGAAGCCAACAACUUCAAGUACCGAUAUGGGUAUGACAUGCCCAUUGAUGUUCUGUGUAAACGCAUAGCUGACAUUAACCAAGUGUACACACAAAAUGCUGAGAUGCGCCCCUUAGGAUGUAGCAUGAUCUUGAUUGGUUAUGAUGACGAGCUCGGUCCUUGUGUGUACAAGACUGAUCCGGCCGGUUACUAUUGUGGUAAUCGUGCUUGCUCAGCUGGUGUCAAGCAGACUGAAGCAAACAGCUUCUUGGAGAAAAAAUAUCGCAAGAAGACAAACUAUACCCAUGAUGAGACCAUCCAACUGGCCAUAACUUGCCUCAUGACUGUCCUCUCGGCAGACUUUAAACCCACGGAGAUUGAGGUGGGAGUUGUGUCCAAGGAGGAACCCAAGUUUAGGACCUUGACGGAACAAGAGACAGACUUCCACCUUAGUGCGAUUGCCGAGAGAGACUAAAAACUUCGCUUCACUACCUCCUGUUUCAAAAAGUCUCCUGUACGGAAAAUAUUCAGUAAUGUUGUAAAAUGAGCCGCGUGGACAACUUUUCUUUCAUAAAGGAUGGUGCAUCAUUUCUCUUAAGGGAAUAAUGUUAUAAAUCAAUACUACAUACACAGAAGACAUUCAGCACACCAGUUUGUAUCAGAAUAUUAUCUAAUAAAGUGUUUGAUAAGUU